GUCCGCUCCGCGCCCAGUCUAAAUUCUUGGCUCGCUAUAGACAGUGUCAAAGAUUGAUCGUAGAAAUCGCCUCCUACUAGGGCUUGCAAGCGCAUCACAUCGCUUUUUGGAUAUUGUGGACGGUGGGACCUGUCAGUAAGCUGAGAAUUGGGGGAACACCAGCCAAGGGUUUCGCCCACAGUAGUAGUAGGCUCGCUUUUUCUUGCCGAAUUCUUGCAAAGCUAUAAUCAUGUUCACAUCGUCUCGCUUCGCCCAUCACCUGGGAUGCCGUCUUCAGGGCGCUUCGGCUCCUGAACGCCUUGGCGCUCGCUACGCUCAUCGUGCAGUACUAUCUCCAGCUGGCGCAACACACCGACCUGUAGGCCACCAUCCUUCAACUAUUGGUCAGGCAAGGUGUUUCAGUUCGUCAGGCAGUCGGAGCCAACACUCGAGAGUUGCUCCAGGAUUGCGGGCGGCAACGACGAUCGGUGGCCUGGCUCUCAUUGCUCUGAGCGGGCUGGUGUUCUCUAUAUCUCAUCCGAUCCACAGUGACGAAGGCCAAGGCAGUUCGGACAAGUGGAAGCAUGAAGCGACCUUGCUUUGCCUAGUGGGACCGCAGGGCAGCGGCAAGACGACGCAUGCAAAAAGACUUGCAAAGCGCUGGCCCGAGUUCUCCAUCUUGUCUGAAAUUCCUGCGUCCUCGUCUCUGGAGAAGGGCAAGCGCUAUAUCCUGGAUGGCUAUCCGCGAAGCUUGGAAGAAGCUCGACGGAUAGAAAGCGAGGCAUUGAAGGAUGACGGCAAGAUCUUUUGCUUGCUGUAUUUCGAUCUGCCGCUCGACGACUACAUCAAGCGACACAAUCCAGACGAGCAGCGCAAGAAGGCAUUCAAGGAGCAGCUGGACCAACUCGAGCCGCUCAUCAAGCAGUACAGAGAUCAAGGAAACAUCUGCGAGAUCAGCGCAGAUUGGAACAGCGCCGAUGAGGUUUGGGAGCAAGUGGAAGCCAAGACCGAGCAGAUCAUUGAGCUCAGAGACAUGGGCGAGCUAUAGCCUUCCUGCUAAGAGAUGCCCUUUGCCUCGCGGCCUUUCGCCCGUGCGCCAAGCCGUGUUCCGUACUGACCUGCGUGAGAGCAGUGCUCAUCCGAGCUGUUGUCAUGAUGCUCGCGUUGUGGUUGUAAGUGACACGAAUCGCGAUGAGGCAGCACGUCGUUUCUUGUGCGUUCAUCGCCAAACGUGAUGGACCAGGCAUCUUUGCGCGCCACGUCCCUUCGCACAAGCGAGACAGUUUGGCGGGACAAGUCUUCCAACCUGAGCUACAUCGGCGUGCAGUCAAAGUGGACAAAGCUUUAGUAUGCACGUUACUGGUGCGAAAGUGCUUACCACAGGACUGUAUAGCAGUCACGAGUGAGAUGCAGCUUCUCUCUUCCUUUGGACAUCCUAGAAUAGACUCGAGACGACUCAUCUGACUGCGAGC